AUGGGAGGAAUGCAUACCUGCAGACACAUGGUGGGGACCCACACCAAUGGACACAUGGGAGGAACGCAUACCUGCAGACACAUGGUGGGGACCCACACCAACGGACACAUUGGAAGGACCCACACCAACGGACACAUAGGAGGAACGCAUACCUGCAGACACAUGGUGGGGACCCACACCAACGGACACAUGGGAGGAACACAUACCUGCAGACACAUGGUGGGGACCCACACCAACGGACAGAUUGGAAAGACCCACUCCAACGGACACAUUGGAAGGACCCACACCAACGGACACAUUGCAAGGACCCACACCAACGGACACAUUGGAAAGACCCACUCCAACGGACACAUUGGAAGGACCCACACCAACGGACACAUUGCAAGGACCCACACCAACGGCACAUUGCAAGGACCCACACCAACGGACACAUUGGAAAGACCCACUCCAACGGACAAAUUGGAUGGACCCACACCAACGGACAUAUUGCAAGAACCCACACCAACGGACACAUUGCAAGGAUCCACACCAACGGACACAUUGGAAAGACCCACUCCAACGGACACAUUGGAAGGACCCACACCAACGGACACAUUGCAAGGACCCACACCAACGGACACAUUGGAAAGACCCACUCCAACGGACACAUUGGAAGGACCCACACCAACGGACACAUUGCAAGGACCCACACCAACGGACACAUUGGAAAGACCCACUCCAACGGACACAUUGGAAGGACCCACACCAACGGACACAUUGGAAAGACCCACUCCAACGGACACAUUGGAAGGACCCACACCAACGGACACAUUGGAAAGACCCACUCCAACGGACACAUUGGAAAGACCCACACCAACGGACACAUUGGAAGGACCCACUCCAACGGACACAUUGGAAGGACUAACACCAACGGACACAUUCGAAGAACUAACACCAACGGACCCACUGGAAUGA